AUGAGCUUCCUUCUCGGGGUGGUCGGGAUCAGCCAGAGACCAGGAACCUCUCGCCUCUUAACGACCCAGCAGACCCUGAACGGAACUGAGAAUGAAGCUAGCAACUCAACAUCAUUGGGGCUAACGCCAUCACCAUCGACCCCCCCAACAACCCCAGCUAUAACCAUGUCUACAGAAGAUUUAAAACCAACGAGUGCAUCAGGCUCAGGAGACAAAAAGAUCAAGGUCACCUCCGCUCCCACAACGACGAGCGCCGCUUCAGCUGGCGGUUCAUCCAAAGCAGGGUUAGCGGUCCUGGUGUUGAUCAUCCUCAUCAUCAUUAUUCUGUGCAUCAUCCUGUUAAGGCUCAGGAGGGCGUCCAGGACGCACUCGUUUGAUCUCCAGGGUUUCGGACCCUCCCGCCGUCUAGACGAGCCCACCGGAACCUUUGGACGAGUCUACGUGGACGACCUCGGUCGACACGCUCCAAAAGACGUAGAGACGACCGAAGAGCUGACGACCACACCAGCAGCCAACGGCACAAGUCCAGAACCGGUGGAAAAGGGCCCCAGUGAAGAGAAUGGUACCAGUGUGGUUCCUCGGGAGCAGCCAGGAACAAGCGAGGUGCAGAACUCACCCUGCAGCAGCUUCGGCUCAUCGCUGGAGGACGAGCGAGCUCGGACGACCUCCGUCAAGCUGAGCAGCAACAACUUGUUCCUCGACGCGGCCGAGGAGCAGCAGCAGAACGAGAACAACAACAACCCAGCAGUCGGCUCCAGCUCCCCGUUUGUUGAGAUCGACCUGGACGAGCCGGCGUGGUGCGACCAGCUCCUCACUUCUCCUCCACCC